UUGCAGGACUUAGACUCAAUUAUUUCGGACUUGAAUGCAAACAAGAUUGCCCAUUUUGAUAUCGAAUCACUGCGAACGUUGAAGACAAUUCUGCCUGAGACGGAGGAGGUUGAUGCCUUGCGGAGGUACACAGGCGAGAUAACGCAGCUUACUCCAGCAUGUUCGUUCUUCCUAAAUCUAUUAGACAUCCCAGAUUAUCGCCUUAGAAUCGAAUGUAUGUUGCUGAGACUUGAGUUCCACCGCGUUAUGGAAGAUGUUGUGCCAAAUGUACAUCUUCUCAAGAUUGCCUGCACAGAGCUACGAAAAUCCAGUUCAAUUCGUCGCCUUCUUCUCCUCUUGGUUAACAUAGGGAAUUACCUGAACUCUUCCUCAUCUCAUGGGAAUGCAGCCGGCUUCAAGAUGAGCUCAUUAUGGAAAAUUAUCGAUCAUAAAGCUACUAAAGGAUCUUCUUCGUUGCUGCACCUUGUUGCUAAGGCAAGUUAUUCUUAA